UGCUACCAGAUCGAAAAACAAAUAGAUUGGUAUUCAGGAUGAUUGCCUAUGAUGAUGAAGAUUUGGAUGAACAUGUUGACUUACGUGGUGGCAGUGAUGAUGAGGUUCCAGAUACAAGAAAGCAUGCUAAGCUGAUUGAUGCCAUCGCUUCUUUAGAUGGGAAAAACAGUCAUCGACUUAGUCAAAGAACAGUUCCCACAGCUCAAGUCUCAGAGUUUGGCUUCACUGGUAGUAGUAACAAGAAAGCCAAAGUGAGACUAUAUGAACUGGUGGGAUCGCUGAAGGAUACCACUAGUCAUGGAGAACUCAAAAAACACCUCCGUACGAUUGACAAACGCAGCAAAGUGGUCUCUGUUCCCUUACCAAAACAUGAACGUGGAAAGAUUGAACGGUCAGUAGCAUAUGAGAAGACAAGUGAAGAGCUGAAGAAAUGGGACCCAGUUGUGAAUGAGAACAGAUCGGCAGAGCAGAUUGUGUUUCCUCUAAAUCAACCGUCUUUGAAACUACAUACAGCAAGCAAAUUUGCAGGAAUCAAACCCAGAACUCCAUUAGAGAUGGAAGUAGCUGCACUGCUUCAAGGAAGUCAGAAUGUGCCAACUAGAAAUAAAGAAUUGACAAAAGCAGAAGAGAAAGCUCUACAAGCUAUGAGUAUCGAGGAGGCUAGAGAGAGGAGGUCAGAACUGCAGAAACACAGGGCACUUCUCUCUUACAAAGAAUCCAAGGCACGUUGGCAGAAAAAGAUUAAAAGUAAAAAAUAUCACAAAGUUUUGAGGAAGGAGAAGCUGAAACAUGAGAAGAAAGCACUUGAUGAGCUAGAAAAAAAUGAUCCAGAGGGAUACCAGGAAAAGCUGGAUGACAUCAACAAACAACGCAUACAGGAGAGGAUGAAUCUGAAGCACAGAGGUGGGAGCAAAUAUGCCAAGAAGCAAAUGAUAUAUGCCAAGUAUGAUGACAAGGCUCGCCAGUCUGUCCAGGACAUGUUACAAAAGAGUCGCGAGCUAACCAACAAGAUAAUCACAGACGCUGGUGAUAGUGACUCAGAUGGAGGUGUCUCUAUGGACAGUGAGGAUGAGUCAGCAAUGUUAGAAAGUGAAAUGACUGAAGAGGGAAAUCAUUCACAGAAGAAUCCAUGGAUGUCUGUAGAAUCUAAAAAACCUAAAUCAACAGGAUUCGAGAAACCAAUAGCAAUAGUCAAUACAGAUACUAAACAGGAUUUGAUGGAGGUACCAGCAAGAAGAAAGGAACCAGAAUCACAAUCUAAUGAGGAUUCUGAUUUUGACGAGAUAGAAAAUAUCUUUGAGUCGCCAAAAGUAAUCACAAAAGAAGAAAGCAAUAAACUUCAGUCAAAUAUCAAAGCAAAACAAGAAAACAAAAAGCAGCCUAAAAAGAAAAAGAAACAAAAAAGUAAACAGAACAAAGCAGGAGCAGAAAAGCCGAAAUUACAGCAAGUCAGCGUUUCCAAGGAAGAGGAAGUGGAUGAGGAGGAAGGUGAGGAGGAGUUAAUAACUGAAACCCUGACAAGGAAACAGACCUUGGAGGACAUUGAGGAUGGACUGCUUGAUGAAGAGGAAGAUGAAAAGGACCAAAAAAGGAGAAGAAAUACUGAAAGAGGUAUUACAGAAUCUUCAAAGCAGCAGAAAGAUAAAAGUUCUGAGGUACAAGUUGAUCCAAAAAAACUCUUCACCUUGGAAUCCAAGCUGGUGAAUAUUAACAAUCCAGAUGUGGUUACAGGAAGUGAUGAUGAAGAUGAUGAGUUAGAUGCUGAUGAACAGCAGAGGUUGACAAUUGCUCAAGCCUUUGAGAAUGAUGAUGUCAUUGAUGAGUUUACUAGAGAAAAGAAAGGAAUUGUAGACAGAGAUAACCCAAAAACUAUUGAUCUUACACUUCCUGGCUGGGGCGAAUGGGGAGGCACUGGUGUCCAAAUGUCAAAACGCAAGAAAAAAAAAUUCAUUAUCAAGGCUGCUCCUGCUAUCCCUAGAAAAGACAGUCAGUUGGGAAAUGUUAUAAUUAGUGAGCUGAAGGAUGAUUCUGUACGAAAACAUCAGGUGUCAAAAUUACCUUUUCCCUAUGCCAAUGUACAACAGUUUGAGCAGAGUGUCCAGGCACCAGUGGGUAAUACCUGGAAUCCUGAGACAACCUUCAAGGACCUCAUUAAACCCAAGGUCAUCACUAAGCUUGGUUCUGUUAUUGAACCUAUUGAUAAAGCUGAAGUUUUCAAAAACCAGAAGACAAAUAAGGCAAAGAGGAAGGCAGGCAUGGCGUUCAAAGAUAGUGGAGAUAAAAAUAGUGAUACAAAAAAGAGACCUAAUAAAUCUAAAAAAUAACAUUUCCAAGGAGAAAUAAAAAAAAUACAGAUAGUCAUUGAAUGAAAACAUGCACUGCAAUGCAUAUGGUUUAUGAAAAUAAUGUACAUUUUCUCAAG